AUGGAAACCUCAGAAAACACGAACCCCAUUGAAUACAAUGUGGUUUACAUUGCUAUCAUACUAUUGAUGGCACUAAUCGGUUUGGGUCAAACACUGUUUCUGGCAGUAGCAACAUACAAAACAAGAAGCAGAAACUGUAUACCAAAGUUUGUACUUCAGCUUUUUCUGACAAACAUUUUGAACUUCCUGGCCUACGUUACAAUGAUCGUUCUAGCUAUGGUAGACAUCGAGCUGCUAAUGAAGUUCAAAAAAUGGAUUGAAUUCGGAGUAUAUUACGUCACAUAUGUCCGUAUUCUCCUUCCAUUGGCUUUGUCUGUCUAUCAUUUCACAAUUCUUUACUUGCCAUUCGAAUGGAUAGUUGUCAGAAAAUGGUUGGGAGCAGUGUUAUCAAUUUUAUGCUGGGUUCUCCCCUGCACUACAGUUUCUAUUUUUUCUACGCUGUGUGAUUUUGAUGAUUCCAAUUUCAGAUGGAUUCAUGGAAUAGAAUUAGCGACUGACAAAUGCCUGGUGAUUUCCAUCAUAGUGAUCAUUUUUCGCUGUAUUUUGACGUUCGCAUCCUUUGCUUGCGACGUUAUAACUUUCCUUCUCAUAAAGGAUUCACCUACCAUGGGCGAAGUUCGACUCAUACAGGAACGGUUAGUAUCCAUGUUUGGUCUUGUCUUGUUUCUGGAGCUCAUUGCAAAUACCAUCUUCGAAAAUAUCAAUAGAGUUCAUAACUACAAAGUAACACCAGGCAUAACGAUUGGUUCGAUGCUUGUUCUCUAUCUCUAUCCAAUGGUUUUCAUCGUCAAAAACACAAAACAACGUGUAUGGAUGGAGAAAAAAUGGAGAUCAUGGUCAAAGAAACCAAAUAUCAUCAUGGUCACACCAGCAACUUCAACGGAACCGUCUGCAGCAAAAUGA